GUGUGAGAGACUACCGCAUCCAUGUAAAGGUGUGCGGCAUAGUUAAAGGGAAGCUCGCUUAACUGAGCUCCACAGCGCGAAAAUCAAGUUCAGUUGCACUCAGUUCGUCGUUGCGUGUGAUACCUGCUACAUUGAGUGAUUAUCUCUCAGUACCUUUAUAAAAACCAACCGACAUAAAAAUGAGCUCUUCGCAGUAUUAUCCAUUCCAAUGCACACCGACCGUCUAUCCGGCGGAUCCGUUCGAUGCCAACGAAGAUGCCGGUACGCUCCGUACCGCGAUGAAGGGUUUCGGCACCGACGAGAAGGCCAUCAUCGAGGUGCUGGCCCGCCGUGGCAUCGUCCAGCGUCUGGAGAUUGCCCAGGCGUUCAAGACCUCGUUCGGCAAGGAUCUGAUCAGCGAUCUGAAGUCGGAGCUGGGCGGCAAGUUUGAGGACGUGAUACUGGCGCUGAUGACCCCGCUGCCCCAGUUCUACGCCAAGGAGCUGCACGAUGCCAUCUCGGGCAUCGGUACGGACGAGGAGGCGAUCAUCGAGAUUCUGUGCACGCUGUCCAACUACGGCAUUCGCACGAUCGCCGAGUUCUACGAGCAGAUGUACAACGUUUCGCUCGAGUCGGAUCUGAAGGGUGAUACCAGCGGUGCGUUCAAGCGGCUAUGCGUAUCGCUCGUGCAGGGUAACCGUGACGAGAACAAUGGCGUCGAUGAGGGUGCAGCGGCGGCCGAUGCGCAGGCCCUGUUCGAGGCGGGAGAGGGCCAGUGGGGCACGGACGAGUCCGUGUUUAACCAGAUUCUGGUGACGCGCUCCUACCAGCAGCUGCGCGCCGUGUUUGACAUCUACGAGAGCCUCGCCGGCCACUCGAUCGAGGAUGCGAUCAAGCGCGAAUUCAGCGGUGCUAUCGAGGAGGGCUUCAAGGCUAUCGUUCGUUGCGUCCGCUCGAAGGUUCAGUACUUUGCCAAACGUCUGCACAACUCGAUGGCUGGCCUGGGCACGAACGAUAAGACGCUGAUCCGCAUCAUCGUCAGCCGCUCGGAGAUCGAUCUCGGCGACAUCAAGGAAGCGUUCCAGGAGAUGUACGGCAAGUCGCUCGAGUCAUGGAUCAAGGGUGACACCUCGGGCGAUUACAAGCGUGCCCUGUUGGCAAUUUCCGGCUACCGGUGAAUGGCGUUAGCGUUGCGCGAGUUAAAAGGGCAAUGCUAAAAAUGCAUGCAAACAUCACCUCAAUUUUACACAAUAACGUACCAAGCGGAAUGAACACAGAUUGUUUGUCAGGAGCUGUCUGACAACGAUUUUACCUAUCGCCACCAGCCACCAUCGAUUUUACCGAUGGGUGGAUUUUUGUUUUUCUUCUUUCUGCUCACACAAGAAACCGCAAACACGUCAAAAGAGGCAGCAGUUUGAUUUGUAAUUGUUAGUAAAGAACAUCAUUUAAAGUAGUCAGUUUGUAUCACACAUCUAUCUUUAAUGGACGCGUAAUCUCGCGAAGGUUAACUCUCUCUCUCUCUCUAUUUUUCAUCUCAAACCACCGUUAAUUCCAUCACAAGCAGCUCUUAUCAGCUCUUAUUACAUAUUUCUUUUUAAUUCGUAACACAUACUUAUUACUGCACCGCCAAUAGUGUCCUAUCGUGUGUGCCUUGUAGUAGUUGAAAUGUGUGCACAACCGCACACACCUGCCAAAUUGUGUAGCCAAAAUGCUUUGAAAUCAAUUGAUCGUUUCAUAAAAAUGUCAUAGCAUACAUUACAAAAAAGUUACUUAAACAGCUGUUUAAUUCGUUUUUGGUUUACGAAAUAGUAUUUCGUUUGUUUCUUUCCAUACGCAAACUCAUUGUUCACUGUGUAGUAGAUUUGUUACGCGCCGCUAUUCCUAUACCGACUGUUGUGUACUGUUCAAUAAAUACUACUAUUAUCUAAAUUUGAGCUUUACGGUGCAGCAUUUAUGGUGAGAAAGGACGUUUACGUUGUUUUGUUUUUUUUUUUGACGUUAUUAUUUGAAUCAAUUUCUCCUUUCCGAUUGAUUACAGGAUAUGCGUUGCUCUUAUUUUCGGGGGAAUGUUAUCGCUUUAUAUGUUUUAAAAUGUAGAACAAUCACUAUCACGGUGGUGUACUGUAGAUUUCUUUCGGAUGCAUGCGUGUACUAACUUAUAUGCCCUCACACUACCAAACAGCGCACGAUCACGUGCUGCACCUCUUCUACCCUAACGUGCCAUUCUAUCUAACGUCACUGCCGCUGUCUGUAAUGCCGGCGCAUGGAAACCGCCAGAACGGUUACGCCAUAUACGCGUUAACGUAACAAUACAAACUUUAUAUAUUUUUGUGUGUUUUUUUCUCUCUCUCUUUUUCUCCCUUUUUUGUAAAACCCCACACCCGUCCCACCCCUUUCAUUUUUGUGUUGUGUACGCGUGUGUAUGCGCCAACCACCAUGCCAACACGCAGGAGGAUCUUGGAGGCGAUAAUGCUAAUCUGCUGUACCACUUGGCCGCUUACUAAAACACCAUCUUUCCCGCUUUAAGAAAUGCAUACCCACCCAGACACGAUACCGAGUGCUCGUCUGUCUACGUUCUUAUCUUUACGGGCCUUUUUGAAUGAGGUGAUGAUGCGAACGGUGAUCGUCAAACAUUGAAGAUCACCCACCACCACCAUCAACCGUGUCGGAAAUAGGGCACGGAACGAAAUGGAACAAAUCAUUAUAGCAGUAUUCUAAACCCUAAUAUCCCACAUUCCAGUUGUUACAUUCCAAGAAUUGUGUUGUGUUUAAGCUUACUUGUGUAUGACGCUCGUUUGAUUGCGAUCAUCGUUUGAAUGGGCUUCAGGUCAAUCGGGUUACGGUCACGGUAUCACGGUACUGCACACCACUAUGCAAAAGCUAAAUUUAUCGACUAAAGUACACAUCCGUCCGUUCACUACCCGGCGCUAGGAUAUGCAGCUUAAAGUGCCUUAAUUAAGACGAUUUCCCCCCAAUCAAUUCCCACCUUCUUAUGUUUUGUUGUUUUCGGUUAAAAAAAAAAAACAAAACCAACCCAUCCAUCUCUUUCGCAGGAGGAUGUCGGAGGGGACCUUGGCGACCUUCUGGCUACGUUGGCCUCGUUCUAGGCACACCAGUGCCAGAUGCAUUUUAACCGUGCGAGAGUCUGUUUUGCUUAUAAUCGGCAACAAGGCGUAGAUGGUGAAUGUUUCCGCGGUACGCAAGCAUAGCUUCGAGCGAGUACCGAUGCACAAAAUGCGUUAUUUUUUUUUAAUUAUUAUUUAAAUCGUCAUCUAAAACAACAGCAACAGAAAAAACAUAAAUGUGCUUUUAAUUUUGUUACAAUGUUUUUUUGAUCUUGUGAUGUUAGCACUGGCACCAAUGUGUGUAGAUGUAACGAUUGUGAAACCAACAUGCAACAAACGUAUUGGACAAAUAUACUCGUUGUUAACUUCAAA